AUGGCUUCCAAUGAAACGAAUAAGCGGAUGUCGACUUCCUCGCUCCGGGGUCCAGAGUCGCCAACCACUGUCAAGCCGUUCGAGAUGGAUGACGAUGAUGUUCAAGAAACUGCGCUGCUGGGAGAUGACGGAGCGCACGAAACCUCUACAACUUCUGCAGCACCAGCUGCUGCUGCUACUACGAGCAAUACCGCCGCGCCAGCGACAAGCGAUGAAGCACCGCCUACCAAGCCUCCUAGGCCCGUUACGGAGGCUCAGAAGAACGAGCAAGUCCUGAAGGAAGCUUUCCCAAGUAUCGAUGCUACAGUUAUCAAAGCCGUCCUUGUCGCGAGCAAUGGUCGAGUUGAACCUGCUUUUAACGCCCUGUUGAGCAUGAGCGAUCCCGAUGCUGUCAAGAACGAACCUGCGGUAGAGCCCGAAGCUCCUCCGCCGCAGCCACCUCGGCCAACUGGGCGUGCGCCCAUGUCUCAGAUGGAGGCCGACGAGCUCUAUGCCAGACAACUGGCCGAGCACUACGAUAAUGCAGCCUACGAAGCGCGAACUCGCAACCGUAGCCCUGGUCAGCCGGUUCGCCGUCAGGCUACUGGACUCAAACCCAACGAAAUGUACGAUCGCGAACACAGCUUUGUCGACGAUGAUCUCCCCGUGAUUCGUGAGAACUUGCGCAAGGGAUUCCUUGAAACGCAGUCAAAGGUCAACACUUGGUUUACCCAGUUGAAGAAGCGUAUCGACGGCGAAUAUGAUUCCGAAGAAGAUGAGUCACAGCCCAGCAGGCACACCCAACCUGGCAGCAGCCAAUACGGCGCCGGGACUGCUCGGAGAAGCACGGAUUAUGACCGCUAUGAUGCAGACCCUCAGGUGCUGAGUGACGACUUUGCUGGCAUAAGACUGAACCCCGAUGGCACCGCACCGCAGGGACGAUCCAGCAACCCGAAUGUGUAUAGACCCCCACCCAAGUCUGCAUCCCCCAAACCCGACGGUCGUAAAGUCGCUUUUAAGGAUGGUCAUGAGGAUAUCGACGACCCAUACAAUGCUUCACCAAGGGUUCCACCUAAGGACACAUCGUCCACGCCACCUCCCGGAGGUAAAGCCAGCAAGUGGCAGCCCAUGUCUACGGUGGACCCGAGCCCCAUCACCGACCAUGACCCCUUCAGUCUUGGUGAUAGUGAGGAUGAGAAAGAGACCAAGGACAAGCCCACCAAGGACGCCAAAUUGGAUGAUAAUGAAAGACUGAAGCAAGCAACGGCAGAUGCAAUGGCGGACACUUUGAUAGAUGAUACGAAGAAGACAGAUCCCGCUGCCAAAUAG